CACACACACACACACACACACACACACACACACACACACACACACACACACACACUCUGUAGUCUGCAAAAGUGAAAGUGACAGAGCAAAGAGACAGCAAAGAGACAGAGAGAGGCAGAAAGGAGAUAACAAGACAAACCGCAAACGCCUCUCUGGUUCCUCUCGAGCUUCAGAGCCUGUUUCUGAGCUUCUGAGCUUCCUGGUUCAACAGACCUGAGUCUCUUUAUAGUGGCAUCGGAUCCGGUGACAGUCAGCACAAAGACAGCAACACGCGCCACAGACAUGAACGGGACUAGCCGCCUGCAGCAGGUCCAGGACGAUGCGGAUGAGGUGAAGGUCAUCAUGAUGGAGAACAUGAACAAGGUCGACGAGAGGUCGGAUAAACUGGGAGACCUGGAGACCCGAGCUGAGGACCUUCAUGAAAAGGCUAAAGGAUUUGAGAAGAAAACCAACAAGGUGAUGCAACAGAAGCGCUGUGAGAACAAGAAGAUGCGCUACGUGUUCAUCGGCAUCGGAGUGGUGGUCGCCAUCGUUAUUAUAAUAACGAUAAUCUUCACCAUAGUUGGAUAACCUGCAAGAAGAAGAAGCUUUUCUGCUGAUAAAAGGAACAUAAAACAUCAGGACUAAGAUAUAGGGGAGUUCCGUCUGUGGGGGACGUCUCUCCUGCAGGGCUUAGUGUGGAAUAUUUCUGUGUCUUUAAGAUAUAUUUAUGGGAUAGUCGAUCCCACUCUUCACUUCAGUUGAUAUGGUACCAUUCAUUGCUUUGCUGCUUUUUGAAAUAACUUCUCAAACAUGGAGUCUCCGUCAGGCCCACACGUCCUAAAAUAACAUCUUAAUAAGGGGGGCUUUCUCUAGCUGUAUCUGGAUAUGGAUGGGCGAUAUCUGUAUUAUAACGAUAUGGUGAUAUAAGUUACAUUUGGAUAUGGUUAUGUGAGGCAUAAUGUACAGUGGUUAUUAAUGACCUUAUAGGGAAUUGGAACCGUGGUGCAUUCAGGGACAUCACGGCCAUAUUUGUGGGAUAUUGUUUAUAGCGACAGCAGCAGCCAUCAAUAUAUAUCAGCGUUUCCCGGUCACCUGUCAGCCGUUUAACAUCCAAAAUGAAUAAAGUAUGCGCGAAAUAUUAAUGCCCUGACAAAGAGAAGCUCUAGGUAGAAACAGAGGAACGUUAAUACGAAAAAAGUUAAUAAAAAACAUCUGAACUUAAGUGGAGAACGGACCGACCACUGGUCAACUCAAUGAUCCAGGAUGUCUCUUUACACAGAGGGGUUCAAGCAGGGGUCUCAAACUCAAGGCCCGGGGGCCAAAUCCGGCCCACGACUUCAUUUUAUGUGGCCCCGCAAGAGCUUGCAAAGAAUAUAAUACGUUUAUUAUACGGUUACAUGCCACUUUAAAGAAGCAGGUUGUCCAUAAACUACAUGUCCCACAAUGCAUUUCGUUUUGUGAAAUGCGCACUGAAGAGACUUGCAAUUAUUUGCCCUGGACUUCUGCUUUCAGACGUAAUUAUUAAUUACUAAGUUAUUAUCCUAUCCGAUAAUAAUCCAAUUCAGAGACAAUAAUGUAAUAUAAUACAUUAUUUUAUAUAUUAUAUAUUUAUAUAGUUACAACCGGCCCUUUGAGUGCAACCUUUAUGCGAAUGUGGCCCGCAAUGAAAUUGAGUUUGACCCCCCUGGGUUAAAGGGUUUCACAGCCAUUAUCAGAAGUCUUCCACUCAAGGAAUUUGCUUUGGUGUUUCGGUGCAUAUCAUUAACACAGUCAAAUAAAUAAAAAUGAAAAGAAAUCAAGCAAAAAUGUGCAAAAAACAUAAAUAUAUAACAAUUAAAGUACAAUAAAAUACUGUAACAAAUGCAGAGUAUACGUUAAUUAACAAUGGAAGAACUAUGCAGUUGUAUCAUCUGUAGCUACUUUUUGAAAUGUCACUAUUUCUGGAUUUAUUUAGCAUAUUCUGUGUGUGCACUUUGUCCUAGAUAUCAAGAAAACAAACUUUAACUCCGUCCUCUCCCUCUCAUGUUCACCUGUGUCUUCUCAACAAGUGGAUGCAGCCAAUAAUCCUGCAUCCUCGCAAUCUGGUCGUGAAUUACUCACCAAACAUAAUGAGGGCUGAUAUAUAUUUUGCUGGUUUUUUGUACAUCUGUGAGUGAAUACAGAGGAGAGUUUAUGCAGCUGUAGAUAACUCGCAUUGUAAAACAUGAACUGAUGUAUUGUAAUGUAGAUUUAUUUUCUCUGAUUCAUUAAAAUGUGUUUAAAAGAAA